AUGACUUCCAACGUUCUCCACUUCCACACCGACGCCGAGAUUCACAAGGCCGCAGAAACCGCCCGCCAGACCUUCCGCUCAGGCAUCACCAAGCCCCUCAAAUACCGUCGCCACCAGCUCGAACAGCUCUGGCGCCUCGUCGACGAAAACACCGACCUUAUUAUCGAAGCCUUGAAGAAGGAUCUCCACAAGCACAAGAACGAGACUGUUCUUGGAGAGUUGAUCCCCGCAAAGGAGGAGAUUAAUGAUGCACUGGAGCAUUUGGAAGAGUGGGCCAAGGAUGAGAAGGUUGUCCCGGCCCUUGUUAACAGGGUCGGCGUUACGUGCUUGAAGAGGAAGGAACCUAAGGGUGCCGCGCUCAUCAUCUCCCCAUGGAACUAUCCCUUCUUCUUGACGAUCGGACCCAUGGUCGGCGCCAUCGCCGCCGGAUGCACGGCCGUCAUCAAGCCCUCCGAGGUCGCCCCCCACUCCGCCAACGUCAUGACCGAUCUCUUUGCCCGCUACCUCGACAACAGCGCCUACAUCGUCAUCAACGGCGCCGCUCAGGAGACCACCAAGUUGUUGGAAUACAAGUGGGACCAUAUCUUUUACACUGGAAACGGAGUGGUCGCCAAGAUCAUUAUGCGUGCUGCUGCUCAGCACUUAACCUCGUUGACGCUGGAGUUGGGAGGCAAGUCGCCUGCUAUUAUUGAUGAGCACGCCAACAUGACUGUUGCUGCCAAGCGUAUCGCUUUCGGAAAGUCGUUCAAUGCUGGACAGACUUGCGUGGCUCCCGACUACGUGUUGAUUACCGCCAAGGCUCAGGACAAGUUCAUCAAGGAGUUGAAGAAGGCGUUCGAGGAACUCUACAGCAAGAACCCCCAAACCUCGACCGACUACGGCCGCAUCAUCAACAACCGCCACUUCCACCGCCUCAGCAAGGUCCUUCACGAGAACAAGUCCGGCGAGAUUGUCAUUGGAGGCCAGACGGACGAGAAGGAUUUGUAUAUCGCCCCCACCGUCAUCGCCAACGUCGACAGGGAUGACAAGUUGAUGGAGGAUGAACUGUUCGGACCCUUGUUGCCCAUGAUCCAGGUUACGGAUGUUGACGACGCGAUCGAGUACAUCAACUCCAGGGACGAGCCCCUGGCGCUGUACAUCUUCUCGAGUAACAAGAAGUUCUCCAACAAGGUCAUGGACUCGACCCGGUCCGGCGCUAUCCUCGUCAACGAUACCCUCAUGCACGUCGCUGAGGGUAACUUGCCCUUUGGUGGAACUGGUCCCUCCGGAAUGGGAUCAUACCACGGAAAGAAGUCCUUUGAUGCCUUCUCCCAUGAGCGUUCGACGAUGGUCAAGGACUUGAACACCGUCUCUGAGGCCGCCAUGUCCGUCCGCUAUGCGCCUUAUAACGAUACCAACUUGAAGGUUGCCCGUUUGGUGCUCGAGUCCGUUCCUCGUUUCAAGAAGUCAUUCGUGUUGAAGCAUUUCAAGUGGAUUGUCUUUGCGAUUAUCUUUGGUAUUGGAUUCAAGCGCUUUGCUUAA